AGUUGAAGAAAUGAGAAUUCCCUCGGCCUUACAGUUCCAGUGAUUUUUCUAUCUUCUCCAUGCUUUAACAAUCUAGCUAGCUAAAAGGAUAUCUGGUCAACAUGAACAACAAGCAAGCCAAUGAUGCGGUAGCAAUUGAGCUACGAAAUACUGAUUGGAAUUUGGAGUUGGAACCCAGAGAUGGAGGACAUAAGACUACAAGUACUACAAAAGAGCUAGAAGAAACUCUUAAAAAGCAUGAUGAGCCAAGAAAUAGAUGGAAUACAAUCUUUACAAUAUCAUGUGCAAUUGCAAUCUUCAUUGAUCCUUUGUACUGUUACGCUCCUGUGAUCCACGGCAAGUGCUUAGAACUGCACCAAACUUUGAUGUGGACGUAUAUUGGCUUACGAUCAGCCGUCGAUGUCUUUUACGCAAUCGACUUGGUUACUUUGUUGCUGGGAAUCGGUAACAAGCUUGGUGCCUUCUGGACUAGAAGUAACCAAAAGACAGUUGUUAGUUCCAAAGAGGAAAAGAAGGGUCUUGUUAGUUGGUGUAAGAAGACAUUUGGGACUUUCUGCACUAGAAGUAGCCAAAAGACAAUGGUUCUAUAUCUCAUUUUGGUUUCUCUUCCCCUUCCAGAGGGACUGUUACUCUCUUCCAUAUGCUCGGAAUUACUGUUAUAUAAAUGGGAUCCUACUUAUGCUCUUAUAAUCACAACUCCAAUCCAAUACUCCUUACGGAUUUAUCACAUGUACGUAUCCUUGAGGCUGCGACGUCCUAUCUUGAAGUCUGAAAUGGGAAAAUGGCUUAAAGCUGUAAUGGAUUACCUUCCCUUCGUCCUUGCUUCUCAUCUAUUUGGAGCUUUGUGGUACCGUCUUGCUGUUCAGCGACAGAUAGAUUGUUGGAAGUCACAUUGUGAAGAGCUCCUCCUGCUAGAAACUAAGCAAUGUAAAUCUAUAAGCAGUCGACUUUUUUUCUGUAAAACGAUGUCCUCGUCGAAAACCAGCGAUCUCUCUAAAUGGGAUGAAUUAUGUCAUCCCGUUAAAGAAGCAAAUCCAGAAGUCUUUGAUUUCGGUAUAUAUCUUCAUGCUCUUCAGUCUAAUGUGACAAGUUCAACGAAUGCCAUAAAAAGAAUGUCGCAAUCUUUUUGGUGGGCGCUACGAAAUCUGAGUUCCUUUGGUUCAAACCUCCAGACUAGUCUGUAUACAAUGGAAAUCUUCUUGUCUGUGUUGAUAUCUAUAAGUGGCAUGGCGUUAUUUUUAGUAUAUCUGAAUGCAAGGGUGCAGGAGUCACAAAAGAUACUAGACGAGUUUAAAUCAAAAAAGAAGACGCAGUUGCUGAAACCAGAUGUAGAUCUGUGGUUAUAUAGAAAUAACAUUCAACAAGAGGAUUUGAAGAGAGCCAUCAUGGAAAACAUACACGAACUUGGGGAAAACAAAGAUAUCGAUUUGCAAAACAUGCUCUUUAUUCUUCCCGUGCCUGUGCUUGAAAAUAUUCAUGAAAAUGUUCUGAUAGCAAUCUGUCAGCAUCUUAAGCCAGUGACAUACACUGAAGACAGUUAUAUUGUUCAAGAGGGGAGACCACUUGGAAAGAUGAUCUUCAUCAUGCAAGGCCUUGCUUGGACUUACACAACCAGUAACAUAAUCGGCGAAACGAUAAAGAAAGGCGAUUUUUACGGAGAAGAAGUUUUAACUUGGGCGUUCCAAUCCCUUUCCUUUUCUGGUUUACCCAUCUCAACUCGAACUGUUAUAUCCCAAGGAAAAAUCGAAGCCUUUGCUAUCAGAGCCGACGACUUGAAGAGUGUUGUAUAUAAGUUUUGGUGGCAUUUUAGGAAAGAGGUAGGUGUUUCACAGUUGGAGCUCUGGGAGCAUUUGGCAGCGUCUUCCAUACAAACUGCUUGGCGCCUCCGUAAUGCAAAGGCUAAACCCCCAACUAAGUGGGAUAGGAUUCCUUAUCCCUAA